AUGGCCCCGUUUCCGAGCUUGUCAAUGUCCCGCGACCCAGAACCUGCGUCCAAGAAGCGCCGUCGAUCCCAGGAAGCCAAUGACGAUGUCAUUUCCGCGCUGAAAGGGGCGCGUCGUCCGAGGGGCCGACCCCGCGUUGCCAACAAAACACCUCUCAGUGCCACGCAAGAAAUUCGGAUGCUGCGAGCCCAAGUCGCCUGUAUGGAAGCCGAACUCCACGGUCUCGAAACCAAGUGGACCCGUGAACUACCCGACCAACGCACACUGGCGACAGCCCAGCACACCGCUCGCAAGAAACGCGAGGUGGCUCUGACUGAGGCUGCGCACAUGGAGCUGGAGGAGAUGCUGCUGCAGCAACAGUUGAUGUUCGCCACCCUCCAAGCAGCCAUCUUCCAGGCGCCGCUGCACUCCAGCGGAAAGGAUUUGUACAAGGCCCUCCAUUUCGACACUCGUCUCGGACGCGACCGUAAGGAACGCAACAGUAUGCUCAAGGCGCACAACGAGCGCGCGCUCGCAACGGUGCCGUCAAUCAUGAGACGGUUUACGCAAAUGGGGGUCGACAAGGUGCUGGCGCUCCAAGAGCAGGGUGCGUCCAACAAAUCCGUGCUGCCGCUCUCUCAGAUUGGCAUCACUGGCUGCAAGGACCACACGCUUGUCUCCAGCGUCUUCAUGUCCGAGAUCCCGCACAACUCGCUCGAGGAUGUGUACGCGGCGUCAUUAGCGUAUCAUGACGCGAUCCCUUCAACCAUGAAGCGCCACUUCGGUAUUGAUGCCACUCGCACGAGGUUGAACGGGGAUGACGAGCCUGCUUCCUACUGGCGAUUGAGUCUCGACGGGGCCGGAUUACCUGCGACUGUGAACCACGUCGUGUGCUCUGAGCUCACCCCGUCGCAUGGUAUGGUUCACGUGGACGCCGUCAUUGACGACCCUCUUCACCCGGUUACCCGGACGAGCCCGCUAGAGUUCGGCAUCAGUGGACUGACCAUGACGCCUCGGAAAGAGCCGCUCACGGGAAGAACAGUAGCUAUCACGCUGCGGUGGGUGGUUGUAUACCGCUACAAGUUGCUGCCGGAUGAUCCUGCACUCAGGAAGGACCUGGAGAUCAUUCGCCCCAUUUUCAACGGCGAUCUCAUCACGGCGUCGGUGUGCGGGUACAUCCAGGAACUGCAGCGCAGGCCGCGAAGCUAA